AUGGCCGUGGUGAUCGCUUCCGAUGAGUCAACGCAUUUUGCGCCAAGCUUGCGCCGGUCACACUCUCAGCCGAAGUUUGGUUCGAAGCAGUCCGGCUUUCACCAGUCAUCGUCCACCUCUCGCAUAAGCGACCUUUAUCAACAAUCAACCUAUCAACAGCAGCCAGUACGUCGCGUGUUCUCUGGCUCCCCCGACCUCACAGCACCACCGUCUCCGCAUGUUUCUUCCGUUUCGGACGGAUCCUUCACGGUGCCAUCACCCGCGAAAUCCGCAUUGGCACCUAGCCUGCGCCUGCCUGAACGUCUUGACCGGUCCGGCUUCGGUACCUCGCCGAGCGGCAUCGAGGAAAGUGCAGUUCUUGGUUACGCGCACUACGACGGUGUGUCUUACUUUAAUCCAGCUCAAGACCUUGCCUCUGCACACGAAAUAGAGGACCUUUACGCGGCUUCGCCAAACGACAACAACACAGUUUCCACUGGGCCAUCAAGAACAAAUUCUUCCGAUUUUGAUUUUUUUGAUCAUAUUGCUGAGGACGACACGGCUGUACGAGCACAACCGUCGCGCCAUGUCGACUACCUCUCUCACAAUUGGAGGGAGGAGGACAUUUGGGAGUCGUGGAAGUACAUAGUCUCCCGGAGAGGAGACUACAGCAACUCUGCGCGGCUGGAAAAUGCAUCUUGGAGAACAUGGAUGAAGUCCAAGAACAAGUUGAAAACGAUAAGUCCCGAGACGUUGAACUGGCUGAAGGAUUGCGAUGUCACAUGGCUCUACGGUCCAUUGCAGACAGGCCACCAAAACAUUGCGUCCCAACAGGCCGAGGACAGCGUUGAGCUGACAAAGUCCAACUCAUUUCUCGUCAACAGCAAAAAACCUAUUCUGAAGAAGCGAAGCAUGUCGGAGCUCAUGCUUCAGCGAUCUUUGUCUGCGUCGUCUCUGGUGAAGCAAGCCGCAGCGGCGGUACAAGCCCAGCAGAAAGACAAGGCGAUCAGGAGAAUAACCCGCCCGCGUUUGGAACGCGCAACUACCGAUUACAUCACAUUUCCAUUUUCGUCUCGUCGCCAUAGUCCAGGCACGUCCAGCUUGCUGCUGUCGAUUUCGUCGUCGGGCGUUGUGUCGCCCUCUUCCGAACGGCGGCACAUCCAUUUCAAUGAGCAGGUAGAGCAGUGCAUCGUCGUUGAGGUUAAGGGAGACGACGACGACGACGAAUCCGCUGUGCCCCGCUAUGAAAGUGACAGCAGCGACUCAGAUGAUGGUGCCAUCAUGAUGAAGCGCACCGCACUGAAGCGGCGAGCGGCGCCACGUCACCGCCAGAGUCAUCCAAUCCACACGGAAAGCAAGACUAUUGCGAUGCUUCCCUCUACGAAGCUCAAGGCUCAAGAGGACGACCCUGAUAUUCUAGAAGGAUCAGCAAUGAAGCAUAGCUACCGCAGUCCUAUCAUGUCGCCAUCUUCUUCGCAGGAGACCCUCCGGCCGUCAAAGCCGUCGAGCCGGAUGUUUUUUGGCUCCAUCGACGAAUACGAUGCCGUCGACAGGAUUGUCGAUAUCGACAACAAGGCCGACAGCGAGAUCCUGCAGGUACAGAAGGACGAGGACGAGGACGAGGACGACAGCGAAGAUGAAGGGCUGGGUAUGUCUAUGGCAAACUCGCGGAAGCGAACUAGCGGGUUUUUGUCAACAUCAGCAUCAACAUCAAAACUGAGUGCUGUUGGCAGCGGACCAUCGACGUCUUUUUCCAGCAGCAGCGGUGGGGGUCUGAAGCGAACAACAUCAACCAGCAGCCUGUUUGCAGAGCCGGCUGGGAUGCGACGAACGGCCUCUGGCAUGUUCAUGCCUUACGAAGAAGGUGAGACUGCCAUUGGCAGAGAUGGAGGGGUGAUUGGUCGCGUCAUUGAUACGGUCAACACAGCCCGCGACAUAAUUCAUGUCAUCAUGAACGUUGGCUGGAAGGGAUGA